AUGGAUAUCGAUGCAGCGAUAGAUGCUGCUACGCCUUUGCAUCGACAAAUUCUGACUAACUACGCUCAGGAUUUAGCAUGCGAUGAUGUUAUAUAUGCUCUUGGUCAAGCUUUGAGGGACAAGAAGAUAUCUGUGCAAGAAUAUCUGCGUUGUGUACGAGAUGUUUCACGAAAGCAAUUUAUUUACCGUGCAACUAUGCAGAAAUGUCGAAAAGCAGCGGGUCUUCCCAUUUAA